AUGGACUCUUUUGCUAUCACGGAGGGCCUCGUUCCUCAGCCCGACAACCAAGAUGACCGCGCUCCCGAAACGGGCACUGGAGCUCUUCCGGAGGGAGCAAAUAAGUUCCAGCGCGCCAUUGCAGCUUGGAGAGGAAUCGACUUAUCGAACACACUGGCCAAACUAGACAGCACCGCUUCUGACAUUGUCGCCGAACAACGAGACGCGCUUGUACAGAGAAAGGAUCUGGCGCAGAAGACGAAGGACUUUCGCAAACUGGACGAUGCUUCCAAGCUCGCAGAAUACAAGGGUCUCCUGAAGGCCUACCAGGGCUUCAUUGAUCUUCUGACGAACCAGGGAAAGUCAUCAUCAUCCGCGUUUUUACAGCUAUACUCCUCCCUAUCGGAAGCCCCGGACCCAUACCCCCUACUCGAAACCUCGGUCGAUUCCCUCGUCCUUGCCGAAGAAACGGUCCCAAAACUCACCUCCGAGCGCGAGCAGUUGCAAAGCUCUGUCGACCGCCUGACCUCUCAAUUAGAGGAAACGGAACACCGGCUACAAGAGGAGCGGGCAGCGAGGAAGAAGCUGGAAGAAAACCAGGACUCGAAAAUCAAAGAGAUCGAGACAUCGUGGUCGGGAGUGUUGUCGGAAAAGACGAACAACUGGACUGCCAAGGAGAAGAGCUUGGAGGAGAAGGUGGAGAACCAGGAACGUCUCAUAAAGGAGCUUAAGGCUAGCUACGAGGUCUCGCAACGACUGGGUCAGAAUGAGGAAGGCAGCCAGCAACAGGGCGCAUCCGCUGCCGAGCUAGAGUUGGUGUCUGUGGAGCUGGAGAAGACGAGUUUGAGACUGACAGAGAUGGAGGCUCGGAACGAGCAAUUGGCGCUUGAGCUGGCUCAAGCUGUCUCGCAUGCAAAGGAGGAACAGACAUCUAUCGAUGACGACCCUGCAUACCUUCGUCUCCAGUCUGAGAAUUCUUCUUUGCUACGCAAACUGGAUGCUGCACGAUUUGACCGCGAGUCGGAGCGGCAUACAUGGGAGGCCAAAUUCCUCCAGUCUGAGAGGCAGUGCACCAAGGUUACAGCCGAGAAAGAAGAAUUGAAGAACAGAUUGGAGAAGGUUGCGGACUACGAGGAUAUUCGCCGCGAGCUGGAGAUGAUCAAGUUCUCUGCGGGUGAUGAUGACGAUGCCGGCGAGAUACCAGAUGGCGCUAACGGCACUGUCAAAGCAAAAGAAGGAAAGAAUAGCUCGCUGGAACAGCUCUUGUUAGCCCGGAACAAAAAGCUCACAGACGAACUCACUGUUCUGCGCGUCUCCCACCGCGAUCUGCAGGGACAGCUCCAAACCCUUCGAGAUGAUCUUACCACCACGAAGGAAGAGCUUGACAAGUCGCAAAGUCUCUCGACGACUCUAGAAAACGACCUUCUCCGUUUACAGCAGGAAGCAGCCAAUGCCUUCCCAUCCUCAGCAAUGUCCGUGGCUGGAACAUAUACAUCGAAGUAUCCGCACUCGUCGCGAAGAGGAGGUGUAUCGCCAACAUCGUCGAUCAUCUCCGGGUUCGAUCAAUCCGCCAUGUCCAACAACACAAUGGACGCCAUCCGCGCCGGCGAACCAGUUGGUGGAGGCUCUGGCCUUUUGCCCAUGAUCCAGGCGCAACGCGAUCGCUUCAAGAAGAAGAAUGCAGAGUUAGAAGAGGAACUGUCGAAGCUGUACAGCACAGUAAAGUCCCUCCGGCAAGAGAUCGCCUCACUCCAGAAAGACAACCUCAGCCUAUACGAGAAGACACGAUACGUCUCAACCUACAGCCGAGGCCAAGGCGCCCUAUCCUCCGCCUCCGCAUACGCAAACACACCCAGCUCCUCAUCCAUCCACCCAUCCGCCGACACACCCUCUGGGCUCUCAAUAGAUCGAUAUCAAUCCGCCUACGAAGCUCAAAUCUCACCCUUCGCUGCCUUCCGCGGCCGCGAGUCCACCCGAGCAUACAAACGCAUGAGCUUACCCGAGCGCGUUGUAUUCUCGCUAACGCGAAUAAUCCUCGCGAAUCGGACGAGUCGGAAUCUCUUCGCAGGUUACUGUUUUGCGCUGCAUAUCCUCCUCUUCACCAUGUUGUACAUGAUGAGCACAACAGAGAUUGAGAGACACAGCAGCGCUAGCCUCGGCGCUACGGCGGCGGGGGCGAUGGGUGGAGGUGUAGGACUAGGUGGGAGUGCAGGGGCUGGGGGAUCUGGUAGCAGCGGGCAGCUCCAUGACGAUGACUGGCAACAGGAGGGGUUUAAUCACGCGGGAUAA